GGUGCGCCGCCGCAGAGGUCUCCGAGGCGGCCUGGCGCGGCUUCGGCGGCGCCGUAGCAGCCACGGCGCACCUGCUGCUGGAGCUCAUGCGCUCGGGGGGCUGCCGCGCGCCCUCGGCGGCGGCCCUGCCGACCACGGUGCUGGCGUGGAUCGUCACGACCCUGGUGUGGUGCUACUGGCUGCAUAGGCAGGGCCGCCUCCGGCCCGCUUCGAUGCGCUGGCGGGGGCCCCUCACGUCCCCGGGCUCUGUGCUGCCUGGCAUAUCCGAGAUGGGUAUCGCGCCGCCGGCUCGCGGCAUCUACCGCGGCGGCUCGGCCACGGUGGGGCUGCUGCUGGCCUGCACCGUGCACCUGUACUCAGCGGUGCUCCUGCCGCACCUGGCCGAGGGGGCCGCGGGGGGCCGGGCCGUGGAGUGCACCAGCAUGGGCUACGUUGCCGCGGUGGGCGUGGCGGUGCAGGGGAUAUUCACCCUCGAGACCAGCAUGUCCAUACAGACGCUGCUGCACUUCGCCGGGGCGAUCGCCUUCGUGCUGGGCACGAUGUGGCACGCGGACGCCUCGAACGCCCUCUACACCGACCUCGGGGACACGGUGCUGGCCGCUUCCCCGUCCGCCAGGGCCGCGGUCGCCGUGCGCCGGACCUGCUCGGAGGGCCUGCCGGCGAUGCUCCUCGCGGUGCCCGUGGGGCUCCACCUGUGGCAGUGGGCCCGCGGCCUCGAGAGCAGCGGCCGCCUGCAGAACGCCAUCGGGUUCGCGCAGUGGGCCCUGGUGCUCAACUUCGCCAUCUUCUAUUGUACCUACGCCUGCGAUUUCUGGGUCGUCCUCGAGGCCAGCUGACGCGGAGCACCUCCGAGCGCCCUCGCCGCGCCCGCGCCCCGCAGUGGGGCCCCGGCGGCGCCUGCGGCAGGGCCUAGCGACUGGGUCCCUGGACUUGGCGGCUCAAGAAAAAUCGCGCUGGA